CCAGUUGACAGUUUGUGGAAAAUCGUCACGGUGAACGCAUCAAACGAGAAUCGAACGCGGAAGAACGGCGAGAAAAGCGAGGAAAACGGGUGCAGAGACAGGACUGAUUGGGAAAUAUGUGCGCCUGAGUUUCCCGGCCAGAAGGCAAAGUGCCAAAUGCUCUGAUAAAUAAUUCCUGUAAUAAUCAGCGUGAUUGAAAUCUACGCGACGCUCAUAAAAUUCAAAUGCAGCGCAAAAAGUGAACAGCAGUGUAGCGGAAAUUAAAUUGUUUUAGCCAGUGUCAAAACGGAAACAGAAAAUCGGAAGAAGAAAAGCCGAACUACAGUUUAAACUCUAAUCUUUAAACAAAUCGAAUCGAAUCGAAUCGAAUCCGGUGGAUUAAUCGAAUCCGAAAGAUGGCCCGCAACUUCCUCUCAAUCGGAUUACUUUUGACCCUGAUCGCCAGCGGUCAGGCUCAUCUAAACAUUUUCCUCAACUUGCACGAGGUGCUGCGUCUAAUCGGAGUCUCGGCGGAGCUUUACUACGUGCGGGAGGGAGCCAUUAACGACUACGCCUUGAACUUCGCCGUGCCCGUGCCGGCGAACAUUAGUGACGUGACCUUCACGUGGCAGUCCCUGGUGGACCAUCCACUGCCAUACAGUAUUAACAUCGCCACAUCGGACACGGAAGUGCUGCCGCGGCCCAUUCUGAACAUAUCCCGGAUCGGAGAUGUGCCCAUGGAACCGCAGACAUGGGGCAUUGCGCUCAAGUGCUCGGGCACCAGGAAUGCCGAGGUUACGGUCACCAUCAAUGUGGAGGUGAUCCUGGAUCGGGCGACCAACAACAAUACGAAUCUAAUCUUUAAGAGGAAGAAAAUAUGUUUGAGGGAGGAGCAGGAUAGUGCGCACGAGGAGUACGACGACGAUGACUUGGACCUGUUGCAAACUGCGCGCAAGGGACAUGGCGGAGAUAUUCACUAUGUGGAUCGCAACGACGCGCAUGUGGUCGCCAAUGGCCACCAGGCGCCGGAGAAGCAGCGUCCUGUGGUCACAGAGUCGCCUGUGGGUCGUGGAAACUCGGGCGGAUCAAAGCGGGACUUUGACCCGAUGUUGAGGGAGAACCUGGUGCCCCCGGCCAGUGGCCUGGUUACACUAAUUGUGGGUGGCAUCCUGGCCCUGGUGCUCGUUUCCACCCUCAUCCUGAUAGCCUACUGUGCCAAGGGUCCCUCCAAGCGUCAUCCCUCGAACGGAGUGCAUCUCAUCAAGACCUCCAGCUUCCAGAGACUGCCCACCAUAUCGUCGACUGCCCACAACUCGAUCUACGUAUGCCCAUCGACCAUCACUCCCACAUAUGCCACACUGACGCGGCCCUUUCGCGAAUAUGAGCAUGAGCCUGAGGAGUUCAACCGCCGUCUCCAAGAGCUGACAGUCCAAAAGUGCCGCGUCCGGCUCUCCUGCCUCGUCCAGGAGGGAAGCUUUGGGCGAAUCUAUCGCGGCACUUAUAACGACUGCCAGGAGGUAUUGGUCAAGACUGUCGCUCAGCACGCCAGCCAGCUGCAAGUGAAUCUCCUGCUCCAGGAGUCCAUGAUGCUGUACGAGGCCUCGCAUCCAAAUGUCCUCUCCGUUCUGGGCAUCUCCAUCGAGGACUAUGCCACGCCCUUUGUGCUCUAUGCCGCCACCGGGAGUGUGAGGAAUCUGAAGAGCUUCCUGCAGGAUCCGUCGUACGCCAGGAGCGUCACCACCAUCCAGACGGUGCUCAUGGGCUCGCAACUGGCCAUGGCCAUGGAGCAUCUGCACAACCACGGCGUCAUCCACAAGGACAUUGCGGCCAGGAACUGUGUUAUUGAUGAUCAGCUUCGUGUAAAGCUCACUGAUAGUGCUUUGAGUCGCGAUCUCUUCCCGGGUGACUACAAUUCCCUGGGCGAUGGCGAGUACCGACCCAUCAAGUGGCUGUCCUUGGAGGCUCUGCAAAAGUCGCAUUAUAACGAGGGAAGUGAUGUGUGGUCCUUCGGCGUCCUCAUGUGGGAAAUGUGCACUCUGGGUAAACUGCCCUACGCCGAGAUCGAUCCCUAUGAGAUGGAGCACUAUCUCAAGGACGGAUACAGACUGGCCCAGCCUUUCAACUGUCCUGAUGAGCUCUUCACUAUUAUGGCUUAUUGCUGGGCAUCCAUGCCAACUGAGCGACCUUCGUUCAGCCAGCUUCAGAUCUGCCUAUCGGAGUUCCAUACCCAGAUUACCAGAUAUGUUUAACCAGCGGUGCUGAAGCAUGCCAAGACCUGUAAAUAUAACAAGAGGCGACGUCGCAAGAUUUUCCAGCAGACCACGUCGUCCACUUUGUUCCCAAAGACAUAUUAAAUGGUAGCGCCUAAGUACUGGGGCUGUAGAAGCUCCCCAGACAUAAGUGUACGAACGACUUAUGAGAAGAUGUGGAUUAGAUGGGACAAGGUAAAGCAGCCUGGGAACUUCUAUCCACAUGGCUCCUAGUUAUAUAUUUAGUGAGUAAGGACAUGUGACAUUUCAAUGCAAGAAUUAGGAUUAUCUGGAAAACAUAAAUACCCUGUUAAGAAACACACACGAUCUCUGGAAAAGAAGAGCCAAGGCCCAGUAAAAUUUACCCUAAGAGACCCCUUGAAAACUCCACAAUGAAUUUAAAUAAAUAGCAAAUAUUGA